AUGACAGGUACGAGCUUUGAAUACAUGGCGUGCACUCUAGUCCUAGAUACGUCGUCCCCCUCGACACCAGUGCGAUUGAUUGCUCAUGAAACACCCGGUCUCCGAACCGAUUCAAUUGGAAAUGUUCACGUCAAAUUCCUCGCUUCGCCGGUUAACCGGGUAGACCUGAUGGUCCUCUCUGGCCAAUACCCAGUCAAGCCUCACAACACGCACGACUCUUACCCCAUCCCCGGUUUCGACGGCUGCGGUGUAGUGACAGAAUCCACGUCUGCCACCAUCUCCAAAGGUGACAUCGUCAUCCCCAGGAGCCUCGGCGCUGGCACAUGGCGCAGUGAUGCGGUCUUCCCCGAAUCCUCACUGCUGAAACUACCCGCAUCGACACCCGUGCUGGCCGGCGCUCUCCUCAGGUCCGGGGCUCUGGUAGCGUGGCUCCUGCUGGAGGAGAUCAAGUCGCUCAGGAGCGGCGAUACCAUCAUCAUUUCCGCAGGAACAAGCAGUGUUGCAUACUUCCUCGUGCAACUGGCGCGCCUGAAGGGCGUCGCCGUGAUAGUGGUCAUUCGGGACCGCGCACCUGAAGCUGCUGAGCUCGUAAAGACAACCCUGUCUCAUCUCGGGGCCGCUUCCGUGCUGACAGAAUCGGAGCUGGCAGACGGCACCGUUUUGCUUCCCAGCAGGCCCGUAUUGGCGUUGGAUUGUGUGUAUGGUCAUGUAGGACAGCUUCUAGCAGAUACUCUAGCCCCCCAAGGGACUUUUGCACUAGUAGGCUUGCUAUCAGGACCAGGAUCUAGCAUCAGCGUUAGCACAGGGCAUCUUUUUGCCAGACAGCUAUCCUUCGUCCCUUUCCGCGGGUCCGAGAUCUUGAAGAAGAUGGGGGAGACGAAAUCGGAGGAGUUAAUUUGUCAUGUCGCCGGACUUUUCGGCAAGGGGGACCUGAAGAUUCCUGAAUUGACAUUGGUAUCGUGGCAAGAGGCAAAUCCACACGUUCUCAAUGAGCGGUUACAGCAGGCGCUUGAAAAUAGUAAAGAGGGAGAAAUCGGUACAAAGAAGACGGUAUGGAUAUUCUCCUGA